UUUGUUUUUAUAAAAGAUAUCGCGGCCAAGAAGACAAUCGCCACUUUUACCGUAUACCCAAAAGGCCUGCCGUUUUGCGCCAGGCUUGGUUAAAUGCCAUUGGAAGGAAUGAAGAAACAGUCAAUUUGUUCUGCACACUUUUUUGGUGGAGAAAAGCAUGAGGGGGAUAUUCCUAUUGAUACACCAAAAUUUAUUGAAUUACCGCCUAAGGAAUCGAGAACGGCUGAGAGAAAAUCGAGACUAAAAGGUAGAAAAUUAAUAUUUUAUUGUUAA